CUCAUAUUCCUCACCGCCCGCCCGCAGAAAAGUAUCCCGCCCCGUUUCUGUAAAGCCGAAGUGACGCGCCAUAUCAACUGAGAGCUCAACUGCGACAAUGAGUAAAUACGGCACCCUGGUUAUGGGCCCAGCAGGCGCCGGAAAGUCAACCUUCUGUACUGCUUUGAUACAGCAUUUACAAAAUAGCAAACGUCCCUGCUUCUACGUAAACCUCGACCCCGCCGCCGAAGAAUUCGCCUUCGAGCCCGACCUCGACAUCAAAGACCUCAUCAGCCUGGAAGAUGUAAUGGAAGAAAUGAGCCUCGGCCCCAACGGCGGGCUAAUCUACUGCUUCGAGUUCCUCAUGGAGAACCUCGACUGGCUGACGGACCCCCUCGAAGAAGUCACCGAAGACUACCUCAUCGUCUUCGACAUGCCAGGGCAAAUCGAACUCUACACACACGUACCCAUACUACCGGGCUUGGUCAAGCACCUCAUGACCGGCUCCCUCAACAUCCGCAUGUGCGCCGCGUACCUCCUCGAAGCGACGUUUGUUAUCGAUCGGCCGAAAUUCUUCUCGGGUACAUUGUCUGCGAUGAGCGCGAUGAUGAUGCUGGAGAUGCCGCAUAUCAAUAUACUGAGCAAGAUGGAUCUGGUCAAAGGGCAGAUUGCGAAGCGCGACCUCAAGCGCUUCGUGGAUGUCGAUGCUGAUCUCAUCGAGGAUGAUCCGGCGCGCAAGAAGAUUACGCCGGAGGAAGAGAGGAAAUACAGAGAUCCGGCAUCGACUGAGAGCCUCAUGAGUGGGUCGUCGUUUCAUAAGCUCAACAAGGCUGUGGCGGAGCUCAUUGAUGGGUUCAGCAUGGUCUCGUUCCUCAAGCUGGACGUUCAGGACGAGGAUAGUCUGGGUGCGGUGCUGAGCUACAUCGACGACGCCAUUCAGUUCCACGAGUCGCAAGAGCCCAAGGAACCGAAGGAUUUGGAAGUCGAGUGAUUGUCACAUCCGGAAAUGUUUGCAUUCAAGGUGUUCUGGCUACGGUGGGCAUAUUUGGCAUUUGUGGGCGUUUUCGAUUUACGAUGGUUGGAGCAUACAUAGGCGGUGGGGGCGACGGACAAUACGAGCUGAGAUACGAUACCCAAUACAAAGAACAAUCACGAGUAUACACCUAGUGCAUUA